UUUUUAAGAUGGAUAGAUGUUUCUAUUUGGCAUUACUUGAUCAAUUCUAAGAUAUUUUUCAUCGUGCUUUAUUGUAAUUAGAAAUUGGCAAUAAUUAUAAUUAGUGUGAUCAUGAUAAACUUAUUUUUAUUUGCAGAAUAUCUGGGAAGUGGACAGCAACUGCUCCCUUGAUGAAGAACUUACUAAGGAGCUUGAGGAGCUGGAGAAACAAGAGGAGCUACAGACACAGCAACCUCACAACUACAGUAAUGGUUCUGAUAAUAAUUGGGAUCAACAGGUAGCAGAUGUCGUAGCAGAAGAUGUAAGCAAAGAGUGUGACGGAAUUGUAUUUAAGAGCACUGGGAUCAGUAAUGUUGCUCAUUCUCAUCUCUUUUCAGAUGUAUUCAAGCGCAAGAAACAACGGAAGAUGCUGGGUCUUUCAGUUUCAGGUGUUGCUGCUGACAUUGCUCGGCGUGAAAAGAGACGACUUCAAUAUUAUAAGAUGAAAAAUGACCCUCACUUUGUAGCGCGACGAACUGAAUACAGGAAAAAAUACCGCAUGAGGAGAAAGCUGCUUACUAAAACAUAUGGCCAUCCUACAUUUAAAGCUGCUGCUGCUGCCGCCGCCACUUCUUCUCCUGUCUGGCAUGCUGAUAGCAGCAGCGAAAGUUCACUUGGCGUAAACUCGGCUCAAGUCUCUGACCCACAAACCUUUACAAGCAUGUCAAACUCCCUGCACUUUCUUAACCCUAAUGCUGGAUCAUUGGGGGAGGAAACAUUCCUAGCUCAACUUCCUAUUUCUGGUGUGAAUGGACUGAGCCAUGAAGGUAGCAGUACUCCAGCAGUGCCUCGAGACGCCCCUGACACUUGUCAAGACCACUUAGAGCAUUCCGAAGGGAAGAUGGUUGGGUCUCAUACUUUGAACAGCAGCCAUAUCCGUACAACAAAAUCUCGACCUAUGAAUCUCCUUCGCCAUCUCUAUCGCCCUGCUCCACCGAAGGCCGUUAACGUCGAUUCACCAUGUACUGGGAACAACCUCAGGGGAUUCAAUUUCCCCAUAAAAAGAAAGUCCGAUACAGUUAGUAUUGAUAAAUAUCUAAAGUCGCAACGGAUGUGCAAGCGGACGACCAGCAAACUCAUAUAUUACCAGAGUGUCAUCAGGAGAGAUCGCGCUAUAAUUGCUUACUUGAAAGAAGAACUUGAGAGACUGGGCCAAAACUCGGACGUGUCCAUGUUCAAGCUUCCUGAUUAUCGACUCAAGCGCCUCGACAAUCCUGCUGAAGACGUCAUUAUCGACGUCGACUCUGCGGAAGACAAGACAUACCGACGCUAUGUAGAGGAGGUCUUGAAUAAUCCUAAUUUAAAUGAAAGUCUCUUGAGUGGCAAACUUAAGUCCGAGAGCUGCACUGCUCGUCUUGAUGACGGCAAUAAAUCACCACUAGACACAUUAAGCCAGACUGCUAACUGCUCUUCCCACUCAACACUGCAGAUUGAGAACGAUUCAUGCGGAGCGACACCUGUACUUGUGAAUGGGGAAAGAAUAAAGAACCCAUCUUCUGUCGAAAAUAAGAUGAUUUCUGCAAUUUCAACCUGCCCGCAAACAACGCAUAUGAUAGCUAAAUCCUUACCAAAGAAAGCUCAGAAAAAAUCUGUACAUUUAGCAAUCGUCAAGUUGAAGAAGGCUACUGUUUCUAAUUCUGCCUGUUCGUCAGAUACUGUGACUUACGAAGUCACAAAAAAACGGCAGGUUGCCGUCAAAUCCACUAGAGGAAACGUACCAAGGAUCAAACCUCGAUCGAAGAUAAAGAUUGACGCGCCAAUAACAACUCCGACUUCCUAUAAUACGAAUCCCAUUCAGAGUUUUUCUUAUGAUGAUCUUGAAUCGCUUAGACUAAGUGCUAUUCGUGAAGGUCAAGCAUUUGCGCGAUUGCGUGCUAAAAUGAAUCUCAGUUCUGACCCAUUGCCUGAAAUACACUCCACGAAUCCUCUGGUAAACUCAAAGACUUCUCACCAACCUGUGAACGAGGGUUCAACAAAGAGAAAAGCGUCAACUUCACCCUCUGAAAAGAAGAAGCAGAAUCUGAAGAAAAUCCCCUUAGAAUUAAGAGAUGAGGAUUAUGUGCCGGAGGUGUCAGUACGGCUCUCCAGUCCUGUGGUAUCAAAUGAGGAUGUGCAGGUACGAGACAACGACAUCUAUGAUAUUUUCUUAAAAUGUAGAGCUGAAAGUUUAUCUGAAACCCUUGGCGUCUGUGAUAUCAAAUUCGUGCCUCCGAAUCUCCGUGAGAAAGUCUUGAAAUUUGUGGAAGACUCGACGUAUCUGGAGCGAACUUUGUACAACUGCAGCAACACCGAAGAGGGUGCCAGCGCCGAUGCGGAGUUGGGUGACGGCAAAGAAGCCACGCAACUCGGUCUCUAUCGCGAUCAAUUUAUUGGGCUCCUCCAUCAGAGGUUCCUUGCGACCCACGCGGUUGAUUGCAACUUGGAGAUGUUUGCUAAGUGUUUGCCGCACUCAAUGGUCAGGAAAUCAGCCAUUGCUCGAGGGUUUUCUAGCUGCUUGACCUGUGGCUCAGCUGAAAUAUUGUUCGAAAACUUAGUAGAACAUAACGUGAUACAUUUCAAGGGUGACUUCGAGACGACACUAGUAGACAAAAAACUGCGUGCUAGUCUCAUGGCCAGUCUGGACAGAGUUUCGGACCCAGACCGCCAGGUGUCGUGUUUGACGUGGAUGAAAAGCAUGAAGGGAAAUUUCGCUCGUUCCUUGAAAAGUGUCCAGGAGACGGCAGGGGACUUGAUUAGUUCCUUUAAAGAUGCCCUCGCACGUCUUGAUGAGCACCUGGACGGCGUGAACAUCAAGUACUGCGUGAUGCGAGCCGCGCUUGCCAGGUGCCAGCUGAAGCUCGACGAAGCUAUGGUUCACGUGACGUGGUGCGAGAACCCUAAAGUUUACAGCCGCAGCCCUGGCAACCACAUCACAGUAGACCAGAAUAUUUCCAUUCUCAGCGGCUACGUGUGGACAGCCGAAAAAGAGUACUCGUUCACGAGCCUGUCGGAUCAGCGAGAUCACAGCACUUCGGUUCUUUGGUCUCACCUUCAAGAAGCUUUGAGCGAUGUUGUCCUCAUGGGCUACACUAAACUUUUCGUGGUGAGUGACCCUCCCAUCAAUCAAUUCAGGAAUAAAGUAAACUUUUACUACAUGAACGAAUUUGCAGUGAAAAAUAAUGCACAGAUUCGGUGGUUGUUCUCAGCUAGUUACCACACUUACCUGACGGCUGACGUCACUGGGCUGUACGUCAAGGAGCUUAUCGAGAAGACCACUCACUCCAACGUCAAAAAGUUUGGCCACAACUAUCAUCAGUCAGCCGCCGAGAUAAUAUCUAUGCUGCGACCCCUCACAGACACGCGCUUUUAUUUAGCUACUAAAGAAGAUAUAGACGCGAAUGUUUCUUCUCUACCAUACCUGCAGAGUAUCAAAGGAACUCAAACAUUUGCUGAAGUCCUCAUCGCACCUGGCAAGUUCUACGUCAAGUUGAACUCUGCUGAUGAACAUUGGACGAAGGUGCUGGUUGUCUUCUAAGAAAAAUAUUUGUAGUUCAGACCUUAUGGUAUUGACAGCUAUUUUCCCUCGAUGUUGGAGUUUACAACAUCGGCUAAUGUUUUCAGUCGAACUUCCAGAAAAAUCUGUGAAUACUCAGUUUGCUGUUGCCAUUCUUUUAAUCGCUUCUUCCAUUAUGCGUUUAUUUACCAGUGAUCUUCGCGCUUCUUGUUAAAUUAUUCUUUUAUUCUCUUUUCUACUCUCUUCUAAUCGUUGUAGUGUCCGAUCUCAAAAGCGUGAUAACGAGGCUCGGCGAACACUAGCCCAGUCUUCGAGCAAACGCUCGAAGCAGCGUUUUUCAGCGCGAUGACUAUUAACUAACAGGUAAAUAAUUCUCCUAAGUUUAUAUUAAGUAAAUCAAAUUUGAUCUGUUGACUGUAGUAAGCCCAACAACCUGACACUUUUCACAGGUUGACAAGAUGGUAGUCUUAGUUUUAUAGUGAGAUCUAAAUAAGCAUAAUCUAAGAGCGUACGAUGAACCGAGCCUCAGCAGCUCUCAAAUCUAAGCAGUGACGUUCACAAUUCUGUCUCGCUGAGGCCUGGAUUUCAGGGACUAACGUCAUACUCGAUAAUUAUUAUCAUUGUGGUCAACUGGACGAGAUUAUUUUAAUUAUUAUCCACAUGAUUAUCAUUUCUGUACAAAAAGGUAGAAUAUUUAUUGUGGCGUCUGAAAUUAGGAUUAUGAAUGAACUUCAAACGUUUUACGUCAGAGUUAAGUAUUGCUGGCAGUUUAAAACAUUUUGCUAUAUACGAUUGUAUUUCAAAUUUUUGUCAGUGCGCAGCUUGUCAUGUUCAAUAUUCUGCUCGUUCCUCGUCUUGCGUUAUUAUGUGACAAGGCCUGUUCUAGGUAACCCUAUUCCCUAUUACAUGUCAAUAAUACUGUGAAAAUUAA